CUCUUUUCUGCACUUAAAGUGAAUGUGGCUUUGCAGCCAACAACACUAUACUGGAAUUAACUGACAUCCACACAGACAUUGGCGCACCUGUUACCUCCACGGAGCGCAAGAUCAUGAUCCCUCCGGGAGACUGCAUGUAUGCGGGCAGAAAGCGGAGGAAGCCCAUCCAAAAACAGAAGCCGUCCGCUGCCAAUGAGAAAACCAACCCGUCCAAGCGGCACCGGGACAGGCUGAACGCUGAGCUGGACCGGCUGGCCAGCCUGCUGCCGUUCCCCCCGGAUGUCAUCUCCAAGCUGGACAAGCUGUCCGUGCUGCGCCUUGCAGUUUCCUACCUCCGUGUCAAAAGCUUCUUCCAAGCAAGCCAAGAUAAGACCUCCAGGAAGCAUAUCAUCGGCACAGCAUCCACUAACCCUGAACCCAGGAAAGAGAGUCUUCCACUGGGCAACACUGUCAAUGAAAGCAGCCUCCUCCUGGAAUCUCUGACAGGCUUUGCCUUGGUGGUGAGCAGUGAUGGGAUGGUCUUUUAUGCCUCCUCGACCAUUGUGGAUUAUCUGGGAUUUCAUCAGACUGACGUGAUGCACCAGAAUGUGUUUGACUACAUCCACAUAGACGACCGUCAGGAGUUCAGACGCCAGCUCCACUGGGCCAUGUGUCCUCCACAGCACCAGGGAACAUCUGCCCACCAGGAUAACCAGUUACCUGCAGGGACUGGUGAGGACUUUGUAGUCAGCAGCCAGUUUCACUCUCUGGAGGCAGGGGGAAUUCCUCCUGAGCUCUCCUGCUUUCUUAACAGAUGUUUCAUAGCCAGAGUCCGAUGCCUCUUGGACAGCACCUCUGGAUUCUUGACUAUGCAGUUCCAGGGUCGACUGAAGUUCCUCCAUGGGCAGAAGAAGAAGUCAGCCUCUGGGGCUCUGCUGCCUCCCCAGCUGGCACUGUUCUGUGUAGCUGUACCCCUCCUACUGCCCUCCAUCACUGAGAUGAAAAUGAAGAACAUGCUAAUGCGGGGAAAGAACAAGGGAGGAGCAGGAGGAGGAGGGAUUAUCUCUGCACUGGAGCAUGGUGAGCGAGGGGAACACCUUCGGAGGCACUCCUUCAGUGGGGGAAUGGGUGACAUAGCAGACCCUCUCCUCCUCUCAUGUCCCACUCCUGGUGGUACCCAGCGAGGUCACCACACUCCCUGGACCCCGCUCUCCAAAGAUAACCUCAAGUACCGCCCUGAUGGAUACUACAACCAGGAGGAGCCCCUAAACUACUGUAAGUCCUCCAUGGCUUCCCAUAAAGGCCUCAGCCCAGGCCUGGGUGGCGGCUGGCCCCUGCGGCCAAACUCAGGUCCCCUCAGAGCGGGCCAGGGUAUGGGCUACAUCCCCUCUAACCGCGUGAACAAGGCCGGUCAGUACGGGAAGCCAUACCGCCUUUCCCCGAACUACCACAGCAGCAGAGGUGGCGAGGUGUUUGUGUCUAAGCUCUAUGGGAACAUCCAGAUUCCAACAGACCCAGAUGCGUACUGCGUGGACCUGGUGAAGAGCGAGAACGGCUAUGGAGAAUGCUAUGAUGGCCAUCUAAUGCCCGAGAUGCCCCCCAUCAAGGUAGAGCAUGACUCAGACUCUGAAAACGGCUGCGAUGCCUAUGGGCGACCCUGGGCUUGCCGCGACCCAGAGGCCAUCGACCGUCGCUAUGGUAAUGGGAUAUACGACCAAAGCUCCGGCCUGCAGCUGAAAUCAGAGGCAGAUUAUUAUGAUCCGCAGUACUCGCCCUGUCAGCGAGGGAAAGCAGGCAUCAGCCCACCGUACAACAACGGCAACUAUCACAACUAUGCAGUCAACAACAGCGGGAAUACGGCCGCACGUCUGUUAAAGUGCGACAAAGACAUGGGAAAUAACAAUGACAACAACCAGUUCAGUCCUCAGAGACUCUCCCAUUCAGACUCUCUAUGCAGCAACCAAUCUGUCAACCUCAUGGACUCACACGUCUACCCACAGGACCCUCACAAGGCCUACAUGCAGCCGGACUACAACAAGCAUGGCACUUAUGAGUUCAAAGGUCAUGGCCUGAUCCAUUCAAUCAAACGGGAGCCCAUGGACUCCCCACCGUGGUCUGAGAGCGGUCAUGACAUAAACCAGUCCAUGAUGGUUGGGCCAAGGAACGUUAUGCCAUGUGUGAUGAGCACAGGCCACCACAAGUCCAGUCCUUACAUUUAUAUGCAGUAA